UCUCUUUAAAGCCACGCCUACUCUCUCUGUCACACUACAAUGCACACUGAACCAGAAAGUCAUUUCAAAGAAACUCAGAAAACUCAGACUCUCUCUCUCUCUCUUUUGUGCAGUGUGUGCAUGAAAAUGGCCAAUAUUUCAGUAAAUCACUUCACCUGUCCAGUGUGUUGGAAUCUCCUGAAGGAUCCUGUAACUAUUCCCUGUGGCCGCAGUUUCUGUAAGGUGUGUAUUAAUGGCUGCUGGGAUCAGGAGGAUGUGAAGGGUGUCUACAGCUGCCCCCAGUGUAGAGAGACUUUCACUCCAAGGCCUGUUCUACGCAGGAACAACAUGCUGGCUGAAGUGGUGGAGAAACUGAAGAAGACUGAACGCCAUGCUGCUUCUCCUGCUCACGUUCCUGGAGAUGUGGAGUGUGAUUUCUGCAUUGGGAGAAAACACAAAGCUGUCAAGACCUGUCUGGUGUGUCUGGCCUCCUACUGUGAAGAUCAUCUUCAACCUCACUAUCAGUCUCCUGCCUUUAAGAAGCACAAGUUGGUUGAAGCCUGUGCAGAGCUCCAAGAGAAGAUCUGCUCUGAGCACGACAAACUGAUCGAGAUCUACUGUCGUACUGACCAAAGCUUCAUCUGUUAUCUGUGUACGAUGGAUCAGCACAGAGGCCAUGACACUGUUGCAGCUAAAGCAGAAAGAACUGAAAAACAGAGUUUCCCGUCUCUCUGUGUUCCUCCUGGAUGUGAGGACUCACCCAGCAUCACUGUCAAUCAACAUCUUUCAUUUGAUGGAGUGAGGAAAUCUCUCUCAGAUCUGAAAAUACAAGCUGAAGAAAUCUACGAGGAGGAAUUCAACAAAAUCCGUCCACAAGCUGCAGCAGUUAAGAUGAUUUCACCCUCAGAACCAAAGAGCAGAGAAGAUUUUCUGCAGUAUUUCUGUUAUCUGACUCUGGAUCACAACACAGCAUAUCCCGAACUCAUUCUGUGUGAGAAGGACAGAACAGUGACACGCACUGGGUUACAACAGCGAUACUCGGAUCAUCCAGAGAGAUUUGACUCCAGGACCCAGGUGUUGUGUAAGGAGAGUGUGUGUGGACGCUGUUACUGGGAGGUGGAGUGGAGUGGUGAUGGUGUGUCCAUUUCAGUCUCAUAUAAAGAGAUCAGCAGGAAAGGACAGGGUCAUGAGUGUUUAUUUGGAUUCAACAGUCAGUCCUGGAGUCUGGAGUGUACUUCUUCCUCUGUCACUUUCCGACACGACAAAAUUGAGACUGUGCUCAGAGUUCCAUCAUCCUCCAGAAUAGGAGUGUAUGUGGAUCACAGUGCAGGAACUCUGUCCUUCUACAGCGUCUCUGACACGAUGAGGCUCCUCCACAGAGUCCACACCACAUUCACUAAGCCUCUAUACGCUGGGUUCUGGAUGUGGACUUCUAACUCAACUGUGAGCUUAUGUGAUCCAAAAUGAAAUGUUUGUAAAAGUGUUUAGUAAAAUUAUUAAAAACUGAGGUGUCAGAUUUUAUUUCUCCCUGAGCUACAAUGGCACAUGGUGUGAAGAAACUGUAAUGAUAAUGCUAAACAGGUUUUUAAAAAUCUAUUAAAAAUAACAACAUCACAACAAUUUGUUCAAUUUGCACAAGAAUCCAGAUGCUUUGUAUGACACUUGAAACUGAGCUCAGGUGCAUUCUGUGAUCAUCUUAGAGAUGUUUCUACAACUUUAUUAAAUGACUGAUGUAGGAGAAAUUGAUCUGUUUAUUAUACAGGAAGCAGUAGAAAUGUGAGGUACCGUCAGGUCCAUUAAUAUUUGGACAUUUUUAGGUUAUUUUUAUUUUAGCUGUCUACCACAUUAUAUUGGAGUUGAAAUUAAAUAAAAAAAUAAAAAUUUUAAUGCAGGCUUUGAGAGAGUGUUCAGGUGGGAUUUUGUCCCAUUCUUCUACAUAGACAGUCUUUUAAUAUUUUAGAGUCCAAGGGGCCCACUGGUGAACUUUGAUCUUCAGUUCAUUACACAAUUCUAUUGGGUUUAAAUCUGGUGCUUGACUGGACCAUUCCAACACCUUUAUUAUCGUCCUGUGGAACCAAUUGAGAGUCUCCUUUACAGUAUGGUUUGGAUCAUUGCCCUGCUGGAAGGUCCACCUGCAUCUCAUCCUCAUCAUCCUGGUGGAUGGCAACAGAUUCUUCUCAAAAUUUUCCUGGUACAUGGUUCCAUUCACUUUCCUUUCGAUAAUUUGGACUCUGCCGGUACCAUGAGAAGAGUAUCAGCCCUGUACCUUUAAGCUUCUGUAUAGUGGCCUCUACUAACUUAUUCCAGGUUCUGUGAGUGGUAGAGUCAGGGAUGUUAGGAACAAUCACCUCUGUCGUAAGGCUUUUGAAGAUUCCUUUGUGUUGCUCUGUUUUAUAUUCAGGGGAAUGUAUGGGAGUAGUGAUGGGCCAUGCUGACACAGACUUAAGAAGGAAUGAUGGCCCUUGGCUCCAUCUGUUUGGUACUGAUAGUUCCGAAAGAGUUCUACCUAGGGUGAGGUCAUCUGCUGGGUUACUGCUGGAGUCCAUGUAUCGUCAGGUACAUCCUGCACUCAUCUCUUAGAUUUCAGCUAUUCUAGUAGAGUAGUGGAAUCUGUCCAUAGUAUCACUUUACUGAUCUCAGUAUCUAAGAAUUUGGCUAAUUGAGCACCAUUCACGGAUACACAUAACUCUAGCCGGGGAAUGGUAAGGCAUCACUUAGGGGCAACUCUAUAUCUUUCUAGGAUGAAGGCUAACUGGAUAUGACCUUUGUGGUCCUCAGUACGUAGGUAGGCGUCGGAUCCAUAAACUCGCUCAGAAGCAUCACAAAAGAUCUAUUUGAUGGUGUGAGACUGAUCAGUGUCUGAUAGGACACAAUGGGGAAGGGUAAUACUAGCUAAAGUAGGAAGUUCUCCCUCCCAUUCAUUCCAGGAUCUCAAAAGGUCAUCAGGAAAAUUUGGGUCAUCCCAUUCUCUCUGCUUGUCCCAUAAUCUCUGACCUAGAAUUUUGGCUUGUGUGGUGAAUGGAAGUAUGAAACCUACGGGGUCGUACUGGGUUGCUAGUACCUUGUAAAUGUGUUGAAGAGUACAUAGUCCAGGUUUCAUUGGGCAGGUCUUAUACCCAAGGAUGUCUCAUCUGCAAUGCCACCUUAAACCUACUGAGGAUUCUUGAUAGUCAGUAUGAUCUUGCGAUACCCACAGUUCUGUACUGUUGGAUCUUGUUCUCUCUUAGUGUUUUUAAAUCUUCUCUUAAAACAUACUUUUUUGGGGUAGCUUUUAUGGGAUCCAUGUGAUUAAUUUGCUUUUAUUUAUACUGGCUCUGUUAAGAAUGGUUCUUAUUUCUAUCUUUGUAUUUUAUCUCUGCUUGUAUUUUAUUUCAUUGUAUCGUUUUAAUUUGCAUUUCACUGUAACUUAAUUCAUGUAAAGUGCUUUGAGAUGCUACUUUA